UGGGCUUGCGGAGGUGGAAAUCGGCCCCGGGAAGAAAGGAGGAAGACAUUUUGGGGUUGGAGGAGGAGGAGGGGGCCCCGCCCGGCUUUUGCUGCGAUAGGAGCCGCCUCUUCUUCCCUCUCCUCCCCCUUCCACCCGCCGGCCCGUCUGGUUGCCCUUCGCUUUCGCUGCGUUUGCCCUGGACCACCAUGGCUCCUUCCUUUCGCUCCAAAAAAACCCGAUCGAGCCGGGACGAGGAGGAUUUCUCCCAGGCCAGAGGAGAUAGGAAGGCAAGAAAGCCGCUGGUGGAGAAGAAGCGGCGAGCGCGAAUCAACGAAAGCCUGCAAGAGCUACGUCUGAUCUUGUCGGAAACCGAGUUCCAAACGAAGAUGGAGAACGCCGAGGUGCUGGAGCUGACGGUGAAGCGAGUGCAGGGAAUCCUGCAGAGCAGGUCGCUAGAUGGCGACAAAAUGCAGCGAGAGGCCAGUGAACGCUUUGCAGCUGGGUAUAUUCAGUGCAUGCAUGAAGUUCAUACAUUUGUCUCCAAUUGUCCUGGGAUUGAUUCUACCAUUGCAGCAGAGCUCUUGAAUCACCUUUUAGAGUCAAUGCCCCUGAACGAAGGCAGUUUUCAAGACCUGAUUGUGGAUGUCUUAUCAGAUCCCUCCAUCAGCCAGCGGGCAAGUGGAGAUGAGCCUUUUCAAAUGCCUGGAGAUUCACAUGGAACGUUAAGCCUGUCAAGUCUCACUUCCCCUCUUCCUUCACCUUCCUCCAGUGAAGAGAUUUGCUCAGAUCUGGACAACACAGAGACAGAACAAAGCCACAUCUCUUUGGAUGGACUGGACAGGUCUCGGAGUCAAAAUGUGCCUUCUCCCAGCCUUUCCAAAUCUUUGUGGAGACCAUGGUAAUAAACUUCACAAGAACCAACACAGAUCUACCUAAUAGGGAGAAUACUUGAGCACUGUGUUCUUCUAGCCAUUGGAAUAUAGACAGUGAGGAUUUCAGAUAGUGCAUUUAUAUUAUAUGCAGGACUGUAUAGCUGAUACUCUUUCACUGUCAAAUAUUGACAGAUUGAAUUGCUAAGUAAGUUAACAUUUCAUCUGUGAGUAUGAGAACUGAAAUUUGUAUGUCUUUUUUUUCUUAAUUAUUGCUAAGGGUAUGGGGUCAAAAGAUUUGGAAGUGUAUGCAAAAGAGCUCUUUUGAUGCACAGCACUGUUUUUGCAACUUACUUUUUUCUUGUGGGGGAUGUAGUAAGUGCCUCCAAUACUUGUAGUUUGGGUUAAGAAAAAGCCCUUGUAGAUUUGAGAACCUGUUGGUUUAAUUCAAUUAAAGGUAUGAAGUAAAGCAUUAAUGCAGAAUUUCAUAUAUUUUAAUGAUAGAUUUUUUUUAAAAAAGAUAAGCCAAGGAAAAUCCCUGAAAGGGAUUGAUGCAGCUAGUUUCUUGAUGAGUUUAGUAUUCUAGGAUUUCUCCUUCAGUGAAGGAAGAGGAAACUGGAAAUCAGGAUUAAAUGGCGUAAACAUUUAAAACAUUGGUGGCAGGGUGCCUUCUAGAAAUGUGUUUUGUGCGCAUCUAAUACAAAAUGAACAUGAAUUUUACUGUGAGAUAUAUAUACAUAUGUAUGUAUGUAUGUGUAUAUAUAUUCGCUUGUCAAAUUUUUAUUUUAAUCUUUUUUAAAAUAAAAGUUCAUUGAUUGCUUGUAUUUUAAGGCACAGCAUUGUUGUAGAUAUUCAGUUCCAUGUUAGUGAUUAAUAAAUAUGUAUCCUUGAGUGCAAACAUUGGUAAUUAAGCACUUAAUUCUUGUACUGAACUUGUCUGUUCAAGUCCGGAGAAGCUGGAAUGUUUCAUUUGUUCUUGGAUUGAUCUUGAUUUCAGCACACUAAAUUCCUCAGAUUUGUUCUGCGUCUUCCAGAUUCAUUUUUUGAAAAUAUAUCCCAGCAGAUUUUCAAGCAAUGCAAGCAUGCUCAUUUAGAAGCAAGGAAAACUUGUGUUGAGUAUUGCUUAAACCUAAGUAAAUUUGCAUAGAAACCAAUUUAAAACUAAUAAUUCUUGACAGUUUGGACAAAUGAAACCUGGUUGAAUGGAAAUCAGUUAAUGACACUUAAUUGGUUAGAAAGCUGACAACCACAACUUUUUUUAAAAAAAAAAUCUUCCACUGCAUCCUUCCUCAUGAAACUUGUCUUUGAAAAAAAGUGUUAGUAUUCUUACUGUUAUUUUUCCAGGAAGACUUCAUAUCAUAGAUAUCUAUGGCAGUCUUCUCAACCUGAUAUUCUGUUUCCUUUCCAGUACAACCAGCAAAGAUAGUUGGGGGCAUCAGAUUGCAGAAGUUGUUAACCUAUGAAAAUGCCCCAAUUUAGGAAAAAGGAGGGAUAAACAUGUAAAAUGUGGGCUGUCUGUGUAAUAGUUCUUUUUGUUAACUAUGUGGAACAAUAAAAAGUGGAAACAACAUUGACUGGAAGGUGUGUACUUUGUAAACUGCCUUUUAGGCUAUCUGAUGUAAAUAGUCUUAAUACAAAGCCUGGCCCAAGAGUUGUUUUUCUUCCAGUGUACGAAUUUAUCACCAUUCUCUCUCCCCCUUUGCCUCCCCAAGAAGGAAUGAGCUUCCUUGGAAAGGCCUUUCUGCUUCUAGGGUAGAUAGAGGAAGGUUUUCUUGUGUAAAUCAAGCAAUAAUAUCAAGAGUGAAAAUAACACCAUAUAUGAAUUGACAUCAGCAAGCAUUGUAGGCCCAAUUGGCAAAAAACAGCUCAGGACAGUAUUGAAACAUGCAGAAGAGGCCUUCAUCCUGCAGUGGAUGGACAAUGGCUAAAAUGAUGAUCUAUGAUGGUACAGUAUGAGUGUUCGGAGCAAGGGAACCAGCAUACAUUCAGUAAAUAAAAUUCCAUUGUACAUAGUCUGUCUCCAGUGU